AAAAAAUCUCGAGGUCGGAUUGACCCUUGCGGCUGCCAGAGAAGACGACCAGGAGACCCAAUUGCGGAAAACAAAAAUAAGAAGAGGAAAACCCGCCUUUAAUUUAGAUAUCACGCCUCCCCUGGUACCGAUUACACUCAAAAAAUAAAACAUACGACAACUCGGCGGUGCAAUGGACGAACCAAUGGUGGAUGCCUCCGGGGCGCAAGUCAAAGUCACCUUCACCACGAGCGAGGCCGAUCUCCAGCUUCCCGAAACUAAGCGACAGCUCCUCGUGCCCGCAGACAUCCGCCGCUAUGGCCUUUCUCGCGUCCUCAAUUCCGAGUCGAUGCUCGACACCGGGUCCAUCCCCUUCGACUUCCUCGUUAACGGCAGCUUCCUUCGAACUAGCCUCGAAGACUACCUCACUAGCAACGGUCUCUCGCUCGAAUCGAACCUUACCCUACAAUACGUCCGCAGUUUAAUACCCCCGGUUUACGAAGCCAGCUUUGAGCACGAUGAUUGGGUCAGUGCUGUCGAUGUGCUCUCCGAGAGCUCGCCAUCAGGCCGCUGGUCUGGCGAUAGUUUUCAGCGCGGCCAGGAGAGGAUCCUCUCCGCUUCGUACGACGGUCUACUAAGGAUAUGGAAUGCGUCCGGUCAGGUUAUCGCCACCUCUCCGUCAGGCAGUCACGGCGGACACACAGCCAGCAUAAAGGCCGCUAAAUUCCUCACCAACUCUCAGCUCGCCUCCACUGGCAUGGACCGGACGGUGCGGGUAUGGAAGUACACGGAAAGCGACCACUUCUCGGGCGACCUCAAGCCGACACUCGAACUCUACGGCCACACCGGCUCCAUCGACUCGCUCGAAGUCGACGGCGCCUCCAAGCGCAUCCUGACGGCGUCGGCCGACGGCGCGAUCGGGUUCUGGAGCACCUCCAAGGCGUCCGCGCCCGAAGCCGACGCCUCGCUCCUCCCCGGCGCGCACGUCUCCAAGCGCCGCAAGGUCACCACGUCCAUCACCGCCGCCCAGCGCGGCCCCCUCUCGCUCAUGCCGAUCCACUCCGCCCCCGCCAGCGCCGCCGUCUUCGACCCACGCGACCGCACGGUCGCCUACUCGGCCUCGCAGGACCACACGCUCCGCACGAUCGACCUCACCACCAGCACGGUCGUCAGCACGCUCUCCACCUCGCACGCGCUCCUCUCCCUCUGCGCGCUACCCCGCGGCAGCGGGGCACCCUUACUCGCGGCGGGCACUUCGGCGCGGCACAUCACGCUGGUGGACCCGCGGGCGAGCGCGGCGACGACGUCGGUCAUGACGCUGCGCGGGCACGCCAACAAGCCCGUCUCGCUGUGCGCGUCGCCCCACAACGAGUACGCGCUGGUGUCGGGCGCCCACGACGGCACCUGCCGCGUGUGGGACCUGCGCAGCGUGCGGCCGGCGACGCAGGACGAGGGCGGGCUGGGCAGCGUGAGCGAGCCGGUUUAUGUCAUCGAGCGCGAGGGUAGUGGUGGUGGUAAGGGGGUUCAGCAGCAGCAGCAGCAGCAGCAGCAGAAGAAGGUUGUGGCUGGGGAGGGGUGCAAGGUGUUUGGGGUGGUGUGGGAUGCGGAGCUGGGGAUCGUUAGCGGUGCGGAGGAUAAGCGGGUGCAGAUCAAUGCUGGGAGGGACGUUGUUGCUGAAUAGACGGGUUGGUGGAUGGUGGGAGGAUCUGUUAGGGGUUGGGGGUGGGUGGAGUGUUGAUGUAAAAGAUGGGGAGGUUAUACCCAGACAGUGAAUGGAUAGAUUGGAAAUGAGUUGAGCAAUGCUGUUGUUGUGUCUGUUUGUGUGGAUCACCUAAUCAGAGGGCUGACAGGCCGAGGUUUGUACCGCGGUUCAACAUCACUGCCGGAACGGAUGAGCAUGUAACUCGUGUGAUCUAUUAUGCUGAUCGCCUCG